AUGUCGUGCCCUCAUGGUUUCAAUGUGAUUAUCCGGAUUGUAACGCAAAAAUAUCGACGUAAGGAGCAUCUUAAUCGACAUCUGAAUCGUCAUAAUGGGGGAACCAAUCUUACCUGUCCUCAUUGUGAGAGUGUCCUGACAAGGAAUGAUCUGUUGCGGCGCCAUGUCCGAACCCAUCACCCACAGAGACAGGUACCCCCAUCUCAAAAGUCCAAGGCAUGCACCGCCUGCCAUGCACGGAAAGGCCGUUGCGAAGGUGGAUUACCAUGCAAAGCCUGUCAACAUCGAGGUAUCACCUGCGUACCUGCUCCGGGCAACAUUGCAAGCGGACAACAAUGUUGGAUCGAUGAAUUCCACUCUUUGCCGCCUAUUUCCACAAUCGAUAAUUUUCUUCCUGACGCAUCCUCUUGGAUUGCUCAUAAAUAUAUCGAUAUUUACUUUGAUACUUUCCAUCCAGCGUGGCCGUUUCUCCAUCGAAGUACAUUUAAUGUUGCCAAAGACCCAUGUGUGCUUGUUCAAUCCAUUAUCGCAAUGGGACUGUGGGACCAAUGGUGUGCUGCGAACUCGAAUGCAUACCGAAACACUAGUACCUCAUUGCCUAUAACAACGUUCCAGAGUGUCCUCUUGAAUAUCAUCCUUGCCCUUUUCAUGGCCAGAGAAAACUCUAGCAUAGAUUUGACGAUGCGAUACCGACUCCCAGACGACAAAUACAAGCUCUUGACUGCACUUGUGCAAACCUGUCGACGGUGGGAAAUGUUCUAUUAUCCUAAUAUGAUCAUCCAACACAACACCCAUACACCACUCGCGCUUGUAUAUUUGAACAUUGAAGAAACCAAGAGAUUUGGACUGGCCCUUUAUAAGACCUGCCGAUUGUCCACUUCCUCCAACAUUACUGAAGGACACACCAAUUGUGACGGAAAUGACCUUUUGACCCUGGCCGAUUUGUCUUAUUCCAUGCCAGACAACGAUGAUAUUUGGAAUGCUCCAUUAGGAACAGAGUCAGAAGUUCUCAAAAAGUCUGCUUCCUCCGCAGCCAUACGGGACAAUGGAGAUCCAAAAAACUGGAUAUCUGAAGCUUCUGGUCUUCUACAUGACGUUCGGGUUGGAUUUGACUGGAUAUAG